ACUUCUCUUCUCCUUCCCUUAGACAGCUUAGGCUGCGGUGUGUUCCUCUCUAGGAUUUGACGCUCAUCUGUGUGUGUGUAUAUAUACGAAUAUGUGUGGCAACAGAGGGACAGACAGUGUGCAGUUUACAGGGCCACAGAGCGCGAGCGUCAGAAAGAGUUGGAACGGAAAUGCAAUAAGCUAUGCAACAAGGAGAAAAGGCUCAGGAAAGAAAACAGAGAGGCAAAUACAGAGGCAGAGGCACUUUGAGAAAGCGACAGAUCAAGAGAAAAAGGCAAAGUCAGAGAAGCAGGGACAGGCUACUGAAGUUGAUCCAGCCAUAGCGCAGCGUAGCUCUGUAACAUAAGAGAAAAACACUACGCAGGAGCUGACAGCGAUCUGCAUGGGGAGGACGGCCAUGUUUCCGCCCCUCCUCCUCCUCCCGGUUUAAUCUGCUCCAAAACUCCAGCAAUGUUGGAGAGAAGAGAGGAGACGCCACAAGGCCGGGCUGACAGGGAACAUCCAGCGAUCAUGGCGACGUUGAUGAUGAUAAUGAUGGCAAAGACGCCAAGGCAGGACAACGACUGUUCGCAAAGUCACUUCAGUGGAUGGCCCCAGAAGUGGAGGCCAGAUGGAAAUUGGGUCACAUGACCGCCUCCAGGAAGGCGCGCUGAGCCUGGAACUGGCCAAUGGGGUGAAUCGCUUCCCCAAUGAUGAAGCCUCAUCUAUGGAAACAGAUCAGCAGAGGGCAGGGAGUGUGCCUCCUAGGCAGUGCUGGGUGUCAGGACAUGGAAAGGUCAGUGACACCCAACAACAAUGUUGGAACGGCAGCAGCGGUCCCACCCCUGGUGAACCUGUUCACCACGCAAACAUGGAGGACGCCCACAACCUGGUGGCUUUCUCUGCUAUAGCCGGCUCCCUGCCUCCUUCUUCCUCCUCCUCCUGCCCCGUGCAGCCUAACACAGGCCAGCUCUAUGAGAAGUUCACCAAAGAGGUGGGUGCUGAUGGAGUUCAGGCCAAACCUGAGGGAAGCUGCCAAACUCCAGAAGACUUGAACACUCUCCAGUCAGCACUGAGCCAAGCUAAGCAUGGACACAAGCCCCUCAACUGCAACUGUGAUGGGCCUGACUGUCCAGACUACCUUGAGUGGCUGGAGAAGAAGAUUAAGUUGGCCAAUAGUGGGGAUCAAGGUGGCUGCAAGACGGCGGAUGCUCCCCCACACGUACACCCUCAUUUGCAGCAUCACCCUCAGCCCUACCCCGAGAUGAAUGGUGGCCACCGUCUGUCUUCUCCCUAUCCCCAGCAGCAGGGAUCUCAAGGCCCUCACUCAGUCCAUAUGCCCUGCCCCAAACCCCCAAUUCCCUGCUCUCCCCAGGUGCUCUCCAUAGCCAAGGAAAAGAACGUCAGUCUUCAGACAGCCAUCGCAAUAGAAGCUCUGACGCAGUUAUCUGGUACUGGUCCACAAGCUGCCGGCUCUCCCUACAACAGUAACCUCCAUCACCACCAACAUACCCACAACCUCCAAUCUCAACCCCCCAAUGGCACUAGCGUGAUCCCGUCCUCUCCCGGCCCCCAAUCAUCCUCCUCACGCUCUCAAUCCGUCCCUCCAGGACUACACAACAUCCAGCAGGCCCCAGGGUCCUGCGAGCACCACAGACCCCAUUCCCAGGGCCAGCCACCCGAUGCUUCCCCUCUCCCCUCCUCUACCUCUCCUUUCCCAGGCCAGGGAAAACAUCCAGGCUUCAGCCCUAAUCCCCAGCAGUGGCAGCAGGGUGCAGGUAGAGGCUCUGAACAGAGGAACCCGUGGAUGUGUGUUAAAUCUGAGCCCCAGUCUCACUACGCUGCCGCACCUCACAGCAGCUCAGACCCCAUGUCAGAGCUCAAACAGCUGCUUGGUGACACCAGCAGCAAGUUUAGCAAUUUCAAGCUUCCAGUCCCACAGCAGCUGAAUCAGAAUGGAGGUGUCCAGGUCCAGGACAACCCAGCAUUGGCCAGGAUAAAGCAAGAACCGGACUCUGGUGAGCACUACCAUCACACUGCCUCCAUGGGGCAUUACGGCAUGGCUAAUGGUCAGCAGCUGGGUCAGCACUACCCUGGCGGUCCUCUAUCUCCUGGCCAGGCAGCCAUCCGCCACUCCACUCAGGCAGCUCUGCAACAACACCUUCACUACAAGAGGAACCUCUUCUCUAACCACUCCCCUGUCUUUGGAGCACCAGGCCCUCGUGCACCUAUGGCUUGUCAAAACUUGAAAAAAUGGUGGCCACAGAUUGAGGCAGAAGGGUUGCCACAUCUGCCCAUCAAACAGGAACCCAAGGAACCCAAGAGGAGAAAAAGCAGCCAAGGUUCUCCUGUUGUUAAAGCUUCGAGCGGGAUGCUUGCAGUCCCUCCUCUGCCCAAACCCAAGCCGAUAAUCAUCAAGAAGACCAAGCAGAAAGCCUCCCUGCCAACCUUCCUGCCUCAGAAUCAGAUCACCGUACAAAAACCAUCAGUCCUCGCGAUGGACAGAGCCGCAGCCCUGGCCGGCCUGCUACCCUCUCUACCCAUCCACAGUAACUCCACUCAGGCUGCUGCUGCAGGCCUCCCUGCCCCAGCCCAAUCUCAGGUAUCCAUUUCCAGCUCCUCAAUGACUCCCUCUUCCACUGUUUCUUCUUUGUCUGAAAACACUCCGGUCCUCAUGGGCCACAUUCUCCCAUCUGUGGCCCUGUUUCCUAAAUCAGAUGGAGUGGGCAUCUUGGCCUCCAGUAACACCAGCACCACCACACCUGUGACCUCCACAUCUCCAUCCAGCACUUCACAAUUACCGAGUGUCAUGAACAUAGACCCCAAGUAUGAAGAACUGAUCCGGCAGUUUGAGGCUGAAUUUGGGGACUCGGCCUCAGACGCACCUGCCACUCAGUCCAUGGAGAUGUCUACAGACCCUCAGCCGCUGAACCGGUCCCAGACAAGUUCUCAGGACCUCAGUCCCACAUCAUCGACUCCCUUAAUUCACACCUCUCAAACCAGCUCCACACCUCAUCCAGACGAUCGGGAGAUGGACGUCAACAAGUCAGGGACCCAAAGUGAAGCAACCAUGAAUAAGACACCUACAGAAAGCCCUAUGGUGGAUAACAAUCAGCACCAGGAGGCCAGGAGACUUGAGGAUAUGUUCAGCAUGCCGUGUUCUUCGCUGCCCAAGCGUAUGAAGAUCGAAUCCUCUGGGGAUAUAACAGUACUUUCCACCACAUGCUACUCUGAGGAGAACACGCCAACUAAGGACGGACUGCCCUCCUCUCCGUCUCUCAGAGGAUUCCUAGAGUCUCCUCUGCGGUACCUGGACACCCCAACCAAGACCUUGCUGGAUACUCCUUCCAAGGAUCUACAGGCAGAGUUCCCUGUCUGCACAUGUGUCGAACAAGUCCUCGAGAAAGAUGAAGGGCCGUACUACAAUCACCUGGGAUCUGGACCUACUGUCGCUUCAAUACGAGAUCUGAUGGAGAGAAGGUACGGAGAGAAAGGAGAUGCCGUCCGGGUCGAGAAGGUGGUUUACACAGGCCGAGAGGGGAAGAGCUCACAUGGAUGUCCUAUUGCUAAAUGGGUGAUUCGUCGUAGCGGUGAGACGGAGAAGCUGCUGUGUUUGGUGCGUCACCGUGCCGGACACCACUGUGAGAACGCCCACAUCAUCAUCCUCAUCAUGGCGUGGGAGGGGGUGCAGCGGGGUCUCGCUGACCAGCUGUACCAGGAGCUCAGCAACACCCUCACUCAGUACGGAAACGCCACCAGCCGGCGCUGCGGCCUCAACGACGAUCGGACCUGUGCGUGUCAGGGUAAAGACAUGGAGACCUGCGGCGCUUCCUUCUCCUUCGGGUGCUCCUGGAGUAUGUACUUCAACGGCUGCAAGUACGCCCGCAGCAAAACCCCGCGCAAGUUCAGGCUGCAAGGAGAGCGCCCUGAACAGGAGGAAAAACUGGGGGUUAACCUGCAGCACCUGGCGACAGAACUGGCUCCUCUGUACAAGCAGCUGGCUCCGCAGGCAUACAGCAACCAGUGCCUGACAGAGUCCAAGGCUCCAGAGUGCCGGCUGGGACUGAAGGAAGGCCGGCCGUUCUCCGGAGUCACCGCGUGCAUGGACUUCUGUGCACACGCUCACAAGGACCAGCACAACCUGUACAACGGCUGCACAGUGGUGUGUACGUUGACGAAGGAGGACAACCGCGCGGUGAAGGGUGUCCCUGAGGACGAGCAGCUGCACGUGCUGCCUCUCUACAGGAUCUCUCCCACGGACGAGUUUGGCAGCGAGGAGGGGCAGCGGAUGAAGAUGAAGACGGGAGCCAUCCACGUGCUGCAGGCUUUCCGACGACCGGUGCGCAAGCUGCCCGAACCGGCCAAGUCCUGCCGACAGCGCCGCCUGGAGGCCAAGAAGGCAAACUCAGAGAAGAAGAAGAACAAACUCCUGCAGCAGGCGGGGGAGACGCCGGAGAAAACCGUGGUGAAGGCAGAGGUCUGCGUCACGGGGUCCCCUCACCCCCCAGGCAAUAAAGCAAUUAUAAAACAAGAGGUGAAGCCCAACAUCAAGAAGGAGCCCUUCAACGGAUCAAUGGAUGGAUACCCUGUGCAGGCAGCAGACCCCUUCAACAGCAGGUACCCCCACCCUGCCUACUAUGCAAGGGGAGGCCCCCCCCCCACCGGCCAGCCCUCUGCACCCGACCCCGUCAACGGUCUCCACCCAAAUCUGCCCGCAAUGCACUAUGGCUACUACAACUACCCCGCCAAUGCACUUUUCCGCCCCAAGCUGAGGACCUACGAGGGUCGAAACGGCUCUUUGUCCAAACAGGGCGGCACUCCUGUCCCGGUGGACACUAAGCCGGAUGUUCAGAGUCUCCAGGCCCGGCUGGCGCAGUCCUACCCGAACCCCCCCGAGCUCGCCAACCACCCGAACCACAGCGCUUACAUCCAGCCUGCGGACUACACCCAGUCCCGCCACUCCUCCGUCUGCUCCGACUCCUCCAACAGAGGCACGCCGCUCAUCAAACAGGAGCCUAUGGACAUGCCGGUGUAUGAGAACCCGAUGCAGAGCCAGGCUAACACACCGAGCACCACCCCCCAGCCGGCCCCCUGGCCUGGGCACAAGCUCAAUGGGAGUAUCGCCCCCGAGGCCUCGCUGAUGACCCCCGACAAGCAGCAGCCGUUCCCUCAGCAGUGGACGUCCUACCCCGGCUUAAACCCCCGGAUGGCAUCCCCUGCCCCGUCGCCAUCACUCCAGAUACCCCCCUCUCCAUCUCCGUCCCCUCAUCUCGUCCCAGCACUCCCGGGUAACAUCCACCAGGGGUCUCCCCGUCCGGGAACACCUCAGCACUGGCCCAGCCCGGCCCCCAGCCCUCAGCCCAACCCACCGUGGGCCAUGGGGCCGGCGUUCAUGCCCGGUUUGAAGCACAGCAACCCCGCAGGAGCUUACCCCGACAAGAUCUGGUCCAAGACGGGGGAGAGUCGGUGUCCCACUCCCCUCGGGCUGCAGGAGAAAUCGUGGAAGUCGUGUGGAGGUUCGCUGGCGGGCAGCACGCCGUCCCCCGUCCCCGAGGGCCGCCUUUUCCCCGACGCCCUGCAGCAGUCGGAUCAGGCGAGCUGGAACCCCGGCCGCGCAGAGAGCGACGCCGAGAGCAACAAGGACCGCGACGAGGACGAGUGGUCCGACAGCGAGCACAACUUCCUGGACAACAACAUCGGGGGUGUGGCGGUCGCCCCGACCCACGGCUCCAUCCUGAUCGAGUGCGCUCGGCGGGAGCUGCACGCCACCACUCCGCUCAAAAAGCCCGAUCGCUCCCACCCCACGCGCAUCUCCCUGGUCUUCUACCAGCACAAGAACCUGAACCAGCCCAACCACGGCCUGGCCAUCUGGGAGGCCAAGAUGAAGCUGCUGGCGGAGCGGGCGCGGCAGCGGCAGCUGGAGGGCGCGCUGCUCGGCCUCUCGCAGGAGGAGAUCAAGGCACUCUCGAAGAAGCGCAAGUGGGGGACGACGGCGGCCGGCGCCAGCCCAGGACCGGGACAAUCUAAAGACAACAGGGAGGGGCCGGUGACGCGGUUAGCCCCCACUUGCCACACCUCCUCCAUGGUGACUGUGUCUCCCUAUGCCUUCACCCGCCUCACUGGGCCCUACAGCCACUUUGUCUGAGGGCGGACGUUCACACACACUGACGGUGGAGCAGCGCAGGGUGGAUGAAUGUCUCUCAGCCGUCCUGCAGUCUGGCAUCUCCCCCCCCCUUCACAGUCCACUUGGAGGAGGGGAUGUUUUUAUUGUUUUUUACCUCAUGUCAGGCAGGUGUUUCCGACACGCUGCCUGUGGUGCUCUGCCUCUCUCGUCCCCGGAGAGGAACUCCAUUUGCUUUUUCUUGUUCAUAGAAUUGUAAUGAUUCAAAUUAUUGCUAUUAUUAUCAAUAUAAUUAUGAUUGCUAUUGUUACUGUCAAUGUUGUUAUUACAGGUAUUAUUAUAAUGAAGACUUGUUUUUUUUUAUUAUUGCUGUUGUCAUUAAUGUUAUUAUUAAUGAUGUGAUUGUUUGUUUGUUUUGGUUAUGUUUUUUUAAAUCAAUCAGUCUGAGUCCGUCAGACAUUUGCUUUUUCCGUGUUUGGAAAACAUGUAACCUUUUGUUUCUGUUUCCGAUUUGUCUUUGUUCUUGUCAAACUUCCAGCUGUACCAAGAGGAGGAGACACUAUCUGCCUGGCAAGAAACGCACAAAGUCAUCAUCCGUACACAAACAAAGCCUUAGAUACCUAUCUUUAGAGGUCUAAUAAACAGAUACGUAUCUUUGAAUUCAAGGCAGUUUAGACUUCGAUAAAAGAUCAUUGCAAUUGUUAUCAACUUGUGUUUAAUAUUCAAAUGUCAUUACCUGGAAUGAUUCAGUGCACCAGCAGCACUUUUGUCGAAUACAUUAUAUUAUAUUUGCUAUUACCCGGCACUUGCAUAUACUUCAAAUGUUUACCAUUUGCAUUUUCCUAGCAUCAUUUGCAACAAGAACAUGUUCUGUUGUUGUCUGAUCAAUAGAAGUGGUUUCUGCUGUCAAAGCAGUCUAGUGGAAAUAACAGUUUUAGUUGCACAAACAAUUGGACUUUAAUGUUGACCUUUUUGAUGUGGUCGCAGUAAGAAGUAGGACACAUGAACAGGCUGCGUCUCUGAUGUUAGAGCUGAAGAGCAGCGCUUGCUUUUGAUCCCCUAGCACUCUAAAACUGAAGUGAAUCCAAAUCAAACAAUGCCCAGGUUAGAACAAUAGCAAUUGACAUUUUAACCCACAUUCGGACAGAAAGCUGCUUGCCGUUAGAUGACGUGCUCCUCCUCUUCUGCACCCCUCCAGCUUUUUCCAACUGGUGCUCAACUUCCAGCUCUGAUCGAUUGUCAUUCCUUCAGCUACUCUUCAUGGCACUUGAUGCUGUGCUUCGGUGCUCUGACUCUAAUCUGGCUCAAAUAGCGUUGGCAAGUGAAUCGAUUGAUUGAGUGAUGAUGUAAUGCUUUGUCCUUUGUGCAAAAGGAAUCGUUUGCUUGCCAUUUGUUCCUGUAACUUUACACAUCUGUUGCCCCACAGAGGCUGACAUAAGUGACACUUUUUGCAAAUGCCACUUGACCCAGAUCUGCAACUUCUACCGCACAGAGACAGAACUGGUGGCACACGUUUUCUUCCUAUUACAUUCAAGUAGUGGUGAGCAUCUCUCUGUGUAAGCUCUAGAGGGCAGCAGUGUCAAAGCGGUGUGUACAAACAUCCUGCAAGCACCAUUAGAGCCUUGCAUUGCUGCUUUACCCAUCCACCGCCAGCAGGGGGGGGUCUCGCUCCCUUCCUGCUGACCGUGCAUGGGCCUUUGAAAUGCAGCUAGAGGUAAAAGUUGUCUCCUUGUGGCACAAAUGUGAAUAACGUCUAGAGAUGCCCCUCCUGGGUUUGCUUCAGACCUGAUAGUGGUGCUCCUACACACUCUGGUGCUCUCCUAUCAAACUUGAUUUACUGUGAAGGGCCUUCCCUCUGCAUGGUGCUGUCAUCUUCGAGCAGAGGGGGGGGGGGUGGGGGGGGGUUGGGGGUGCGUCCUUCAGCAGGCACCACAGAGCCUGUUAAUCAAAGUGGGAGUCUCUGGUUUAUUUUGAGGUGCUUUUAUUAUGGCUGAGAAAUCAUUUGGUGCAUAAGUAGUAAACCGUUGACAGAGAAAUAGAAAGAAAGGAAACCUUGGAAACAAACGACUAUAGCUUCUAGGAGUUGGCGCCAAGUGCAUUGAGUCUGAAAAUGACUCAAAUGCCAGGGUGCGUGGAGAGAAAAGCCAAAGAGAGAGACUAUCUGAUGGAUAGAAUCACUCCUUUUAGAUUUCAGGCAGCAACCACGUGAUCCAUUUGAAUUCAAACGGUCACAUGGUUUACUUGCAAUGAAAGUGAGCGAGUAAUAGAUUUGGGAACAGGCUAACUCCUGGAUGCUGGGGGGUGGUGUUACCUCUCUGAGCGUCUCCAGCUCUGUCCUCUCUGCAGAGACACUGUAUCACAAUCACAACGUGCUACUGAGGGCCGAGACACGCUCACGAUCUCCACACUCAUUUUAAACCUCCUUUUUUAUUUUGUACUCUUAUUUAUUACUACAUGGUGAUGAUGAUGAUGAUGAUGAUUGUCUUUGAUGUUUUUUUUUUCGUCUUUGUUUUUUUAUAUAGCUAAUACAAAUUGUACAUAGAGAAGAAAAGAUUUAUAAAAGCACUUUUAAUCUUGAUUUUAAUGACGAAAAGAAAGAGCCGGUUAUUGACAACUUGAAGCUUAGUUUUUUUGUUCUUUUGUUUUUUUUCUCAAGAGAGAGAUAAAAAUGUAAAUAUUAAAAUAUUUAGGUAAGAUUAUUUAACUGGUGAGGAUAGUAACUAAACCAUGAAUGACAGGGGGGUAUUUUGAAGUCUCUGACAGCCCUCAACAACAGUGUGUUGUGUGUAAAUGUGUGCUUAGUAACACUGCUGUUUGCUUUCCUUAGUACUGUACCCCUCGUCAGCAUGUCAACUGACAGAGACCCCUCCCUCUCUCAAACUAACUCAUAAUGAAAGCAUGAAACUACACUUCCCUUUAAACAACUGGAGGUUCCCCCACAGUGACCACACCGUCUACAACAACAAGUAUUUAAGAAGCUUAAAACACUUUUUUAAUUGUGUUUAAACAUCUUAAAAGGGAGCCGUACAUGUGAUUGGAGCAGCUUGUGGUUUAAAGGAGCAGUGUGACGUUAUGGGAAAUCUGCCUGUUCACUUUCAGAGAGUUAGAAGAGAAGAUGAGAUGUUAGAUAUGGAGCUCGAGCAAACUUAUCUUAGCAUAAGGAUGGACAACUAUCAUGGUUAUUCUACAAUAGGUUUGAAAUUAUUCAUAUUUCAAGGAAUAAAAUCGUAUGCAAGUUAUAACCAUAAGAACAAAUAGGUGUUAAUGUUUCAUUUUUCAAUGAUAGACGAUUUGUUCAAAUGCUUUUACCCGUGCAUUUUGUCUUUUUAAAAGAAAGCUAACAACUUAAAUCAUUUGGCCUAAUGGUGUAUUUGAAACAACUCGAUUUUUACCACAUAGAUCAAACAAAUACAAUCAUCUUAGUGCAGAGUGUAACACUGACAGGAACAAACUCCGGGUUUGGAUUAACCAAUGUAGCUUUAUACGUUUAUAGAGGCCAUGCUAGCUGUUUCCUAUCUUAAUGCUAAGCUAACUAGCUGCGUACAGAAUUGAGUUACAUCCAUCUUCUCAUCUCUCUUUCAAACUUUUCCCCCGAAUAUCAGAAGAGUUUCCCUUUAUUCAUUUGACCGUGGAUCAUGUGCAGGACCACAUCCAGAGGGGGGGUGUAAGGGAUUUGCAGUCAGUCUGAAGGGAUCAGUGGGCGAUGUUUUAGCAAGUAAUAAGCCCAGGUAUCUUUGUCAGUUGUGUUAGCCUAUCAGGAAAGAGACGGCCUCCCUGCGCGUUUGAACGUAUCUACGAUUAUCUACUAUAGCUCGCAUACUAGUACGUAUGAACUUGGCAUACAAAUCAUGACGCCCCUGUGUUUAGCUUGUAACAAUUGAUCAAAAAUCAUGAACAACGGUAGUUUCACUGGUGCAAUGUUACUCUUUAGCCCUAAUGCAUGGCCCACAUUACACACACACACAGAGACACACACUUGCCUAACGAUUGGUGCUGAGGAUACAGUGUAUGUGAUAUCUUAAUAACUUUGUACAUUUCUAUGGUUCUGAGAUUCGGGGGUUGGUAAGCUGGUGCUAUGAAGCUACACCUUGAAAUUCACUGUGUUUAAAAAAAACUAAAAAAGUAAAUUUGCGAGGGGAAAAAUGAUACCACAAAUAUUUUUCUGAGCUCUUCGAAUGUCAGGAGAAGUAUACUUUUGAUUCAAGCAGUUUCACAUGAGGGGAAGCUGCCCUGGUGCUGACUUUGUGAAAAGUCUUUUAUUACAAUGCUACAAAUGUACAUCUCUUUGUGAGGCCAGGGGGGCGCUCAAACAGCUCAUAUUCUCUGAUUAAUAUUCAUUGCAUAUUGUACUUGAAGUCAUUCAAACUAGGAUAAGAUAUAGAAUCAUAAUGGAGACUGUUAUCCGGGUUUGGUGCAGCGCAAGAACCAAAGGCUCUUGAAAUGUACUAACUGAAUAUGUUAAAACAAGAACCUCCCUUCCUCUCCCUGUUCAUGCACUUCCUCUACUCACCCCCUCUUUUUAUUCCUCACACCUUGUAUAUUUUGUCUCACACAUUCACACACAGAUUUACAUCUCACUGUGUAUGGCCCACUUUUAAAGGACACAUAAUUUAAUUGUUGAACACUCUCUGAAUUUUGAGACUUGGACUCUGGCCCCGUACGAUAAAAAAAGAUGAACCUACACAACGGCAGCUACAUUCCUUUCUGAGUUUUAGGAUUGUUCUUGGUUCUUUAUUUUUCAUGUCAAGGAUGCAGUAUGUAAAAAAAAAAAGUGUUUUUGUUCAGUCUCUCUCUCUUUGUAGCUGUAUGGUGUAUUAUGUGAAUACAUAGUGUAUGUGGUAAAAACCCCACAAUAUUGUUUCAUGUUGCGCGAUAAAUAAAAACAUUGAAGUGAAAA